GAGAGGACAAGAUGUCUGCUGGAGGAAAAAGAGAAGGAAUUGUCAACACUUCGUAAAUCAUUAGGAUCAGAAAGGGGCGUGGCAGGAGGUGGAGUCAUGCUGUCUCAGUCUACUAGUCGUAAUUCAAGCAGCAGCAAUGAAGAGAAUGAGAGAUUGAGAGAAGAUUUAUCAUUGACCAAAAGAGAAGAAAGGAACUCAAUUAGAGUGGGCGGAGCAAGAGGAGGAGCUUUAUUUAGUAGCAAUAUAGUACAAGAACUAACGGAACAAUCAUUUCCAGUUAAUAAUGACGUACAGUUGUAUUUGCAUCAUCAAGAGAAAGAAUGGAUUACUGAAGAACUUUUGUCAUUAAGGUCUCGUAAGUUAGAACUGGAAGAUUCUAUGAGAGACCUAACUGAAAGGGAGCAGAGACACUUGGAGCAGAACAUGCUCUUGAAGGAAGAGAUAAGGAAAUUAGAAAGAGACAGGUAA